AUGUUAAGACUGUUAAUAUUUUUGAUAGCCUAUGCAUGUGCUACGCCCAUCGAACCUAAAGCGGAUCUUCAAGACUACCGUUUACCAGACGGCGCCGUAGCAAUUGAAAAAUACGACAUCGAACUCAAAAUCGAAGACAACUUUUUCGAAGAAAACCAAUUUGGAGGAAUCGUAUCAAUUUGGUUUACCAAUUUGCAAGCCACCAAUGAAAUUAAACUGCACGCAAACAAGAUUAGCUUUUCAGAGACGAAACUAUUCCGGAUUGAAGUGAACGGGGAAGAUGAAGAUGUUGACAUCCCUAUAGAGCUAACACAAGACAGUUUCACCAGCGAUGUGAACACUGACGUAUUGACUGUGGAAUCAACCGAGGUACUAGCCGCAGACACGAGGUACAAGCUGUACUUUGUGUAUGAUGCGGUGCUUCGGACCGAUGAAAUGUAUGGGUUUUAUAAGAGCUACUACAUUGGGCCCGAUGAGGAAAAGAGGUAUUUGGGUACUACCCAGUUCCAGCCAACAAGUGCAAGGAAGGCUUUCCCCUGCUUCGACGAACCGGGGUACAAAGCGAUGUUUGAUAUCAAAAUUAGACGCCCGAAGGACUUGCUGCCGUUGGCACUUGGUAACACGGAGGGAAUAGAUGUAGAUGAUCCAGAGUAUCCAAAUUUCGUGGUCACUACUUUCGAAACGACACCUAAAAUGUCCACAUAUUUGAUUGCAUUCAUAGUUUCUGAUUUUGAUUGUACCGAAAGUUCAGAAAACCCGAUACAUUCUGUAUGUUCAAGAAAGGAAGCUGCAACUGCGCGUGCUCUCGCUGUAGAUUUUGGCCCCAAAUUAAUCGACGUAAUGGAAAAAAUCACUGACAUUAAAUAUCUCGAUUCUGGAAUUGGAAAAAUGCACCAGGUCGCUAUUCCAGAUUUUUCGGCAGGAGCUAUGGAGAACUGGGGACUUUUAACCUACAGAGAAACCGGUUUACUCUACGAUCCAGCCGAAUCGUCAAACUCUUACAAACAAAGUAUCCAGAACGUAAUUUCUCACGAAAUCGCCCACAUGUGGUUCGGUAACUUGGUCACCUGUAAAUGGUGGUCUAACACUUUCCUCAACGAAGGUUUUGCCAGACUUUACCAAUAUUUCGCCACAUCCGAGGUGGAAACAACUUGGGAACUUGACAAGCAGUUUGUAACUGCACAGGUUCAACCAAUGUUGGUGAACGAUGCUGCACCUUCAGCUGCCGCCUUGUCCCAAGAAGCUUAUACUCAAGCACAGGUUUCUUCAAGAUUUGGUUCGGUCUCUUACAACAAAGGUGGUAGUAUAUUCCGAAUGCUCCAACACGUUAUGGGUGUAUCAAAUUUCAAUCAAGGACUUAACAGAUACCUAAAUGAUAAGUAAGUACUGUGAUUUGUUGGUACGUUGAUUAAUUCUUGUAGUAAAUUUGCUGCAACUGUUCCUGAGGAUCUGUGGAGCGGAAUCGCACCUUCAAUUCCUGAUGGUAUUCUACCAGAAGGUACUACUUUAUCGCAAGUGAUGGAUAACUGGAUUAACAAAGCGGGCUUUCCACUACUACACGUGGAGUAUACUGAUGGUACCAUUACUAUUACACAGAAACGCUAUGUUCUUUCCGGCACUCCUGACCCAAACGACGUUUGGUACGUCCCUAUAGCUUAUACUCUCUCCACCGAUGUUGAUAAAUUUGAAAAUAUGUCAGCGAGAGCGUGGCUAUUGCCAGAUACACCACUAGCUAUUGAAGCAGUUCUGGAAGAUUCUGACUGGAUCAUUCUAAACAACCAGCAGAUAGGGUACUACCGAGUCCAAUACGACGACGAUCUUCUAAAUAGGAUAGAAACACUACUCAAAAGCAAUAAUUUUGGUGACGUCCACGAGCUUAACAGAGCCCAUUUGGUCGACGAUAUUUACAAUCUAGCAAAAAUCGACGUCUACAAGUACGAGAGAGUGUUCCAAUUGUUCGACUUCUUGAAAAGUGAAACUUCGUACUACACAUGGAAUUCCGCACUUACUGCCUUUUCCAACAUGUUGUCGAGAACAGGAGACGAGAGAAUCAGAGAGGCGCUUUCGGAACACAUUCUGGACCUUUUGCAAACAGUGUAUCAAAGCGUACCAUUUGACGAACGGAAAGACGAUGAGCAAAUUUACACUUUCAACAGAGUUCAGGCAAUAACGUGGGCUUGUAGGUUAAAUCAAGAAGAUUGCAAAAAUAAAGCUGUAGCCGCUUUUAACACUUACGUAGAAACGAAAGAAAAACCUGAUAAAAAUCUGAAGUCUGUAAUUUACUGCAAUGGUCUGCGCCACAGUACUGACAUAAAGACCGAUUGGGACUUCUUAUGGAGCGAAUACAGUACUACUAAACUAGCAACAGAACAAGCAACGAUUUUGUCCGCUCUUGGAUGUGCCAAAGAUCCAGAUGUUCUAAACGAAUUCCUCACGAAAUCAAUCACUGAGGAUUCAGGAAUUCGCCAACAAGACGCCUCCUCCGUCUUUUCGACCGUGUACACGCAAAAUCCCGAGGGAGUUGACAUAGCCUACGACUUUCUUAUUUCAAACUGGCGUGAUAUCUCAAACUACUAUGGUUCAAUGAAUGCCCUCAAUAAUUUAUUCAGUGGUUUGGCAGCAAGAUUCAAUAAAGAAGAGCAAGUGCAAAAGCUGAGAGACUUCCUUGCAAAUCCUGAAACCGAUUUUCCUGAAACUGUACUAACGGCAGCUACUACAGCUUUGGCAAGUGCUGAGGCUAAUUUGGAACAGACUGCAGAGUUUGAAAAACAGCUGACCGAGUUUUUCAAGCUUGAUUCAGAAUCUAGUACUGACUCUAGUUCUGAUUCUACCACUGAGUCUAGUUCUGAUCCUAGUACUGACUCUAGUUCUGAUUCUACUACUGAGUCUAGUUCUGAGCCUACUGCUGAUCCUAGUUCUGACCCUACUGCUGAUCCUAGUUCUGAUCCGACUUCUGAUCCUUCUGAUUCCACUUCUGAUGAUAUUUCCGAUCCUGGUUCUACUUCUGCUCCUACGGAUGCACCUGAUGGAAGUGCUUCCCUGACGAUUGGAAUGACGUCAGUUGUGUCGACUCUGUUGGUACUUUGCUACCAGUUUUUAUUUUAGAAGGACGUUUUUAAUUUAUUGCACAUUUUUGUAAUUUAUUUUGGCUCUAUAUACGUAGACACAUAACUGUUUUAAGUACUUUUAUCAGAUAUUUAGUUGCGCAAGAGAAUCGAUGCAUCACAAAUUUAUUUAUAGGUGUAAAAUAAUGGAUGAUAAA